GCUAACGGACGGAGACAUGCAGGAACCUAAAGCGGACGUCGCCGAAGUUGCAUUCACGUGUCGGAAUGUGAAGCGCUGGAACGCUAGACGCGAAGAAUUCACGAGAGCGAUGCGACGACGAGAGCUCAGAUUUUGGAUCCACAUUCUGCGCUCGUGCUGUACAUGUUCUCAUUUCCCCACAUUUCGUUCUUGAUGCUGUCGGGUGCCAAGACUGGACUGUUGUAGCCCUAAUAUUGGGACGUCCAUUCUCCAGAGCAGGACUUGAUUCCCUGCGUCUCGCCCUUGCAGAAGCGUGGAUCCGCGACGUGCGACUGGUGGCCGUGUACCACUUUGAAUUUCCGCAGUGCCGGGUGUGGAUUUCGUUCCAGAAUUCCUCCACUCUUCGUCUCUUUUGACCUAAUUUGGAGCAUUCAUGCGGGCCUCGAGACGCUUGCGCUUGAUCCAGAGUCUCCCUGGUGCAACGGCCUGAACAUUCUGUCCAAUUUUACAGGAAGUGCCCGUACUGUCAUCUGUCAAUUGCUCUCUGGAGGUCCGGAGAAGUCAUAAUAUUCACGGGCAGUCGUGGACUCGGAGCAGCUUCCCAACGUUUAGCCCAUUCCCUCGACUGCCCGUUUGGGAAAUUUGCGUGUAGGGUGCUCCAUGCACAGACAGUGAUUGCCUGAUGCAACGACGGCUACUGCUGGAACCAAUUCGAAGACAUUCUGUGAUAGCUCGCUUGAAGCGGACGCUAGGAUCGGAAAUUGAUUAUCAGUUGGAGGUGAUCGAAGGAAUUCUCGUUGAUCUGGACCGAAAUCCCGAUCCCUGUAACUUAUCAAUUUGGAAAACUUUGGAUCUAUUCUGAAGAAUGCUCCAUGCAGUUUUCUGGGCAAGAAUUUCCACGUAAGUAGAUUUAAGGCUGAACUUACUUCGGGCUUUGCCGCCAGCAAUCAGCAGUCGUACCGGGUUUGUAAUGCUGUUUGGACGAUCGACAUUUCCUUCGAAACGAGAAUCAUCCGCUCGGAAUUAAAGCAUCACCUGUGCUAUCCGUUUUGAAAUUAAGCAAGGUGGCAAUCGGCGAACGCACUGGCGGCCGAGGAAGCUGUUGGCGUGGCUGGCUUGGCCGACGCCGAUGGCCAAGUCGAGAUCACGACUAACGGUUUUGUGGCAGCCAAGAUGGAGAGUGAGGAUGGGAAGACGAAUGAUUCGGUUGCCACUGUCGGGUCGAAUCCCGAGCUCAAAUGUCUGCUCAGUGGGGCUGUGAAAGAUGCGUCGUCGGCGGCAGCAGCAGCAGAAGCUGCAGAGGCACCGCCGACGACUGUCACUCCAGAUUUCCCUGCUGCGAAGAGUGAACCUGCAGUCAAGGAUGUCGAAGUCGAAGUCGAAGCAGAGAUGGAGGCCAAGGAGGUCAAGAAAGUGUCGGAAACCGAAACGAUAGUGACUGCGAACGGCAAUGCGGACCCUACAAUCGCGGAAGGUGCAGACGAGGACGACGCCUUACCGUCGGAAGCCGAUCAUGUCACCAUCCCUUCACAUUGGCAUGCAACACCGUGCGUGCACAUCACUGGGCUCGCAGGGGUCGUCACGGAGGAGGACCUUCUUCCUUUGUUGAGUCCUCAUGGUCGUAUUGUAAGCAUUGUGUUUGAAAAUGAAAGAAGAGAUUCGGCUGUUGUCCGGUACGAGGUUUCUGACACUGGAGGUGACGACGUUGUUGCGAGAGUACGUGAAGCUCUUAGUAAUACUGAAAUAAAAGAUAAGACGCUUGUGGUGGAACCUUUCCGGCCCGACUCUCUUCUUUUUAUUGGCAAUCUCACGCCUGAAAUCGACGAUGCGGUUCUACGGCAAAUGUUUGAGCCGCAUGGUACAGUAGAGCGCGCAUUUGUUGUAAGGAAUGCUGAAGGCAGGAGCAAAGGCUACGGGUUUGUGGAGUAUAGUCUAAAAUCUCAGGCAAGUGCUGCAAAAGUUGCCAUGGGCAACAUCAACAUGGAUGGCCGUGUGCUUCGUGUGGAGUGGUCAGAUUGUCGUAAAAUAGUCGACAUGUUUUCUACUGUACUAUUCGUGGACCGUAUUGCAAAAGACUGUCCCCACAUUGAGCAAUCGCUGAAGAACAUAUUUGGUCAAUACGGAAAAGUGAGGGACUGCCAUCUCGCAAUCGGAAUGAAUCAGCAAUUCAGGGGCUUCGCCUUCAUUGACUUUAAUCACUCUACAUUUGCCGAUAAAGCUCAUGAAGCUUUAGAUGGUCGAGAGGUGGAGGGCUCGAACAUCAGAGUUAGCUUUGCAAACCCGUCGAAAUCAGCACAGUCAUACAAAUCAAGAUUCGGUAGCCAGGGUGUGCAGGCAGUGACAACGCUUGCCGGAAGGGGAUCGUUCCCAGAUCACCUGAUGAGGCCAGCAAUGGUUGGCGCAGCCAUGCGAGGCCACAUGGCUAUGCCUCUGUUAGGCAACCGCUUUAUCGGUCAAGGCCGCAGUAAUAUAAUUGGGAUGGGUAUCGGCAUGCAAUUUGGAAGAGGAGCUCCUGUAGGUCCUGGCAUGAUUGGUCGAAGUCUUGUACCUCCUCUGUUGGGAACUGGUGCCGGUAUGCUUGGACCUGGUUCAGUAGCCGCAGGUAUGAUGGGUCGCGGUAUGAUUAUAGGGAAUGUAGCUCCACGAGCAGCAUUGCCUGGAGGCUUUGGACCGCAGGGGUCUCGCCCACCGGCUGGACGAGGUCCUGUUCCGAUAAACUCAGCUGCCAUUGCACAGGUUGCUACUGCACAAGCUAAAGCACGUGAGGAGGAAGCUAAAGCACGAGCUGAGGCCCAGGCAAAGCAGUCUCAAACUGGGGCUAAACAAAGUGCUGCAGAGCAAGAGCGCUUAGAGCAGUUUCGCAAAAUGGCAGCGCAACAAGCUCAACUUGCUCCGCAACCAAGUCAUAAUUAUUAUCAGCAGCAGCUUCCGUCUACUGUACUGGAUCAGCAUUAUAAGCAGGCCGACACUCCAUACUCUUAUCAGCAGUCUCAACAACAAACUGCUCAACAACAAUCUGCUGUACCAGCUCAGUACCAGCAUCAAGCAUCUGUGCAGCAAAUAUCAACCGGACAACAGACCCAGCAGUCUUUCAACACUCCUUAUUGCCAACAGCCCACGCAACAGUAUUCUCAAGUACAGCAGCAGCCGCAACCGCAGCAGCAACCACAACUGCAUAAUCAAACUCAGAUAGCAGCUGCUCAACCUCAACCUCAGCAGCAGCAGUUGCAACAACAACAGCAGCAGCAACAAUUGGCGGAUCAGUACUCUCAACAACAACAGGCUUACUAUCAGCAACAUAGUCAGCCAGCGGCUCAGGCAGUCGUAGGAAUUCAGCAGCAGUAUGCCCAAUAUGCACAACAGUACGGGCAACAAUAUGGUCAACAAUUCAGCCAGCAACAGCAGCAGUAUAAUCAAGCAUAUGUUCAAGUAGCUCAACAGUACCCACAACAAGCGCAGCAGCAAGUUCCAGCUCAAUAUUCGCAACAAGAUUAUGCAGAGUACUACGCACAACAACAGCAGCCGGUAGGCCAGCAAACUGAGGUUGUUGCCUUAGUACCAGAUCCCGUUCCGGUAACCCUAGCUGUCUCUGCGCAAACUCCAGACCUGUCUCAGCAACAACAAGCGUAUGCAGCGUAUUAUCAGCAACGGGCCCAAGAGGCGGUUGCCCAAGCGGGAACAACAUCAUCUCAGACGACAACCACCGUAGCGAGUCCUCAACAGACGCUUGAAGCACAGUGGGCUGCAUAUUAUGCUGCCCAGUCAGCACUGCAACAGGUUACUACUCCAGGUUCUUACGAUCAGCAACAAUCAGGCUAUGGCCAACAACAGCAAGGCUAUGUAGCAACUGGAUCAACUGGUUACUACCAGCAACCCUCCUCUCUGGAAGUCGGAAACAAGCGCACGGCUGACCAAAUUGACUACUCAACUCAAGCCCAGGGUAGUUAUGCUUAUACGCAGCAGCCUGCGGUGACAGUCUCGGGUUAUACGCAGCAGCAAGUUGUUAAUGGGACAACUCCUUACCAGCAACCUCCAACUGCAGCAGCAGCUGCUUAUCAACAGCCUGUGUCAACUGUGAGUAGUUACCAGCAGCCUGCACCCGCUUAUCAGCAACAUGGAGCGGGAGUGCCGACGUUUAUACAGCAAGGCCUUUCUCUCCCAGGUUACACGUUAUCUGCUGGAGGUGGUUAUCAACAAACCAUCGCGCCCGCUCAUUCGGUGUACCAGCAACCAGUAGCUCCUGUAUCUACAGGAUACCAGCAGACGCCUUUAUCAGCUGUGCAAGGUUAUCUUCAAACCAAUCAAACGACAGUAUCAACUCCGGCAUACGACUAUAGUAAACGACCACGAUUCUAAUCAGAGUUCCUUGAAGAGAGGAUAUGUAGUAACUCCCUCGAGCAGAUCAGCGAUCUCCCCUGGUGGGUCUAAAUGGACAUGUUAAACACUUCACCAAACAGCGUGCCUUGCUCGCAGUUGAUGUCGUGAUUCGCUCGACGAAGCACCAAGGAAGAGCUUCUUUGCUGGUACGAGGAAGCUGUUCCUCCCUUGCUCACUCAUCCUUGCAGACGAAAUGGUGCUAUUCAAGAAUUCAAAGUGUUGCAGAUGCAAAGAAGAAGUUCCAAUUCUUGUUCCCGAGAGAAACCAGUAAGGGGAAGUUUCCUUUGACUCGAAAUGCUGGAAAAUGCUGAGAAUCUGACUGUAGAAGUCUUGGAGUGGCAACGUCUGCUUAGAUCAUAGACUUUGGGGGGUUCCGAGUGGGGAUUCUUGAAAGCUAUGUGGGUUAUGUGAAAGUUUACAAACUGUGGAAGAAUUAGGCAUGGACUUGAUUGAGUUCUUGUAUCUAUGCUUGAAAUGAACAUGCAGAGAGUGCUUGUACCAGUUAUGUAGAUGCUAUUAAAGUCAGUGAAGAAGGGAUUCUGGUUUUGGAUGUAGCAGCUGCAAGUCUGGACUUGUGUCUUUCCCUUCCGUAGUAAGGAAAAGUGGAUACAGUGGUUUAGUACUAAAGUCAAAUAUAUAUACAUAAAGUUAAACAUCUGUAGGGACAAGGGUAGAGUCACCGUGAGCCAUUUAUUUGACCAGAGAAAGAGGGUCUUAAGGGCAGUGCGCUUGCAUUCUGUUGUGAGGCAUCAAUCUUGCACUUUUGUAAUCUUGAGAGUGUAAAAUUAGAUUCUGCAAGAAAGUGAAUUUCUGUAGCAUACAAUACGUGCCUGAAGGAGACUGGAACAUUCUCAUAUUCAAUGGAAGAGACUUGAAUACGCCAUAAUGGAUAAUGGCAGGACUAGGAAGUUGAGGCUCAAGAGGUAAGGCUUGUUGCUGGGCAGUGAGAAUAGACUUGAAAUCUCUGUGCUAAGAUGGGAUCCUUAUGUCAACAACCAAUGCCUCUUUUGUGGCUUGCAUGGAGAAGAAUCCUAAAUCUUGAACAGGAUGCCGACUACAUGAAGAUGCACGGAAGAUCGGGAGCAAGUACCCUAGGAGCAACAAUGUCUUCGCUCGGUGCCGCGGGUUUUACCCAUUCACCCAUUUGAUGUGGGUAAUAGACACAGUGACUUAAAGAAGCCGUGGGUUGGGAUUGACUGGAUUAAUCACCAAAACUGAGAAUGAGUAGGAAGGGGAUGGCUGGAUAAAUCAUGGUCACAAGAGAAAGCUCGUAGGAAGUGCUCUCCAGAUUGUCUCGAAAUUAUACCUCUUCUGGAGAAAAUCGGCGCAGGCUGACUUCUGUUCUGGUAAUCUCUGUGGAUGAAGUGAGGUAGGCCUUAUCUAAGCUAUUCGGAAUGCUAGUGCGGAGGACAUUUUCGUAUGGUCUAUCAUAUGUCGAAGGCUUUUCAAGUAAUACGACAUUAAACUGGAGCUUUGUACAGAAGGAGUCAUCUAUUGCACAUCAUCUUGCAUAAGAUAGAUAUUGUUGCACUUAUCAUGAAAGCGAGUCCAGCAUAAUUUCAAGUGUGUUCUUAUAUUUAUUUGAUGAGGGUCUUCGUUAUUUCAUAUACCAAAACCAAUCACAACGUACGAGUGCAUGAGUCGAUUCAAAUGGCCUGAAUUUUCAUGAUUAAGAUGUCUUUAGUCCUGGUUACGGGGUGAGUGCUGUAUAAUUACCUGAACCUGCUUAUAGACCGUUGAGCGAGAGCUUGUUUGAUCACUAUCCAGCCGUUUCGAUCCACAAGAAACAAAACCCAUAAGGUUAGUUUGGUCCAUCUUCCUGGGUUUUGUAAUGUCUACUUAUACGGUUGAGCAGUUUGUACACUGAUGUAAGUUCACGCUUAGCCUCUCGCUGAGUGAAAUGGAGUAGGGAGCUUAUCACUUCAAGAAUCGUCUACGUCUAGUAGUAUUGUAUACAGUUUGUUUUGGGAGUCGUUCUACUUAUGUAGAUCAAAUCUGAGCUCAUGUGUGCGAUAAACUUGUUUUCUCAGUGAAAUAUCUGUUAGAAACGUUGUUCUUGGCUUCUUUGCUCUUAUUUUCUUGUAUCUUCAUGCACUUUCAGGAGUUUGGCUAACUUGGUUGAUGGAUGCUCACGGUGUUUCUAUAUACUUGCUUCAUGGAAGAUAUGAAACCGUCCAAUGCAGAAGGCUUUGAGUUUGGCAUGUAAUGUGCAGGACCUGAGUGUGCAGGUGACAGGAGGAGGAUCAUGGGAAUUAUAUGGCAUUCUAAAUGUCACUGUAUCAGUCUGCUUGUGAGGUUUUUGGUAAAUGUCUUGGGUCGAAGAAUCUAAGCAUUAGGAGUCUUGUCCGCAGUCUUGUCCCGACUUUUUGCCAGUCAUGCUUCCAUUCCACCGCUUUCUUCGACUCUUGUUGCUCACUUUCGUUCUGCAAAGGCUCUUUCAGUGAGCAAAUUGGUUUGCUGUGCAUCAAGUGGAUCUCAUAGGAGGUCUGUUUGUUCCAGGUAAGCAUCUUUUGUUAAGAUAAUUUCUCGAGGUGUCAGUACAUCCGUCUCUUUCAAAGCCAUGUUGGAUGUGCAAAGCUACCAUUUCCUUAUCUAGUUGCUCUGUGGAAUCCUCACGCUUUAUCCACCUAAAAAGCGUUGGAGCUGUUACAGAGUAGUCUUUCCUGCUCAGAUCCGCACAUUGUGCUUGUUUGCUGAAUUCUAUAUGUUAUCAACUAUGAAAUUUCUUCCAAGCAAUUUAAAGGAUUGUAUUUUGUGAAAAUUCAGGUUCACAGCAGAGUAAUAGCUUUACUUUCAAUUCAAGCUGUACCUAUUAUUACCGUCAUGUAUUUUUUAAUUGCCGAGUUAAACUGAUAGUAUUGAAAGA